UCGGUAAUUGGGUAACCGGAGGCGGCUUCUCCGGCCGGCGGCCCCGCCACCGCGACGCCGGGCCCCUGACGUCACCCGAUUCGCCAGGAAAUGAACUUUUUAAUAAUACGAGGCUGGAGGAGAACCGGGUCCCCUCGGCUUGGGGGCGCCCGGCCGCCGCGCUCAGCUCCGCGGUGCCCCCACCACCCUCCGGGGCUGGCUCGGGGCUCGGCCGGACUCCUCCUGCCUCUGCGGCCGGCAUCUGCCGGUUUGUCCAGGCUUAGCACAGAUAAAGGCAGGGGCGAGGGUGCGCCCCCUGGCUCUGAGGACCCCCAGUUUUGCGCCCCGGGCCUAGGGGAAUCCGCUGCUCGCAGGUGAGUGUCGGGGACCAGCUCCCACCCACCUCGGGACCUCUGGUUCCAUUUCCCCACGCCCGUAGCUCAAGAUUCUUCUCCAAUGCCCGCCAUGGAGUUUGGAACCCAUGGGGAGUCCCUGGACCCUGCGAUCCGGGGCACCCCCAACCCGUGUCCGGCCAGCCGUUCUGCGAACUUCUGCGCGGAAGGCCGGAGCGACCGCAGAGCGGUGCCCGGGCAGACAAAUCGGAAAGGUCCCCUCCCAGGCCGACCGGCGGCGGCAGCACGGAGUUGGCCACGGGGACCCGCGCCAAAGCAAGCAGAUUAUCGGAGCCCUUUCAGAGCUCGCACAACAAAUGCGGCCGCCCUGGAAAGCAGCAUUUACCGGCGCAGAUCCGCGCGUUGAUGGGCAGGGAGAUAGCGUCCGCAAGGGGCGCCGUGCGCGCCAGGCCACCGAGCGUGCGCUCCCCCUCGUGCCCAGCGUGCGUGGAGGGACACGUGGGCGUGGACAUGGAGCGAAGCACGACGCGGACGUGCGUGCAAUUGUGCCAAGCAAGUGUGUGGUCCGUGUGCACACGAGUGGCAAGCAUGGCUGCAGAGUGCCCGACGACGGCCGCCGAGCGUGCACGCAGGUGCCACGUGUGGGCGCCGGGCCUCGGGCCGCUGCUCAGGGCGUGAGGAAUGGGUGUCCACGCCCAGUGUGGCGGGUGCGCACGCUGAGUGUCUCGACGUCCCCGCUGGAGGUGCCCUUCUGAAGCGCAUGGCAGAGGAGGUGUGCGGCUCGUGCAGGGUCGCCCUCUACUGUGUGCGCCUCGCGGGAUGCAGGCUUUCGAGCGUGUGCGUGCCCGGCUGCCUGGGCGAGUGCCUCGCGUGCCUUUGGGAUGUGCACGGGCCCGCAGAGGGACUGGUCCUCAGGAAGCUUUCUACCCAGGGGUUGCCAAGGGUGUAGCGAGCUAUGGGUGUAGAUCCUGCGGCUUGGGGAAGAGACAGAUCCGUGUGUCCGGAUGUGAGUGACACCAAAGCAGCUGGGCGGGCUGCGCCGGGUGCCAGGAGCGCUGGCGAAGAGAGAGUGUGCGGGUCGCCUGAGGAGUUUAGGAACGCCCAGGGGUCCUGGGCCAGAACCUCUCCGUGGCGCUCCGGAGCUGGAGCAGCAGAGCCGAGCCCCGCCGCCCGAGUCCCCGCACCGUGAGUGACACGCGUCGCUGACAAAGGCUGUAUUUUUCCAGACUCGCGCCCCGCCUAUGCGUGCGCGAUGGUCCCCAUGGCGACGCAGAUAGCACCGCAGCCAUUUUCCUAUCUGCUCGAGUCUAUUAUAUGGCGGGAUUAGCUCAUCUCCAGGCAGGUCAAACCCAAAGUCACACAACCUGCGGCGCCGGCUCCGCCCCCGGCCGCCGUCCCCCACCCGGGUCCAGCUGUGGCGGGGCGACCUGGGCCCGGAUCCCGUGCACAGGCACAGAGCGCCACCUGGCGGCCACGGGGGCCCGAAGACAUCCCUCCCGCACGGGAGGGAGAGGUGGGCCGGGUAGGGUCCCUUACUCCAAAAGAUGGAGUCCCUGCGGGCAGAGGCUUGGUUUUGUCCCUAGCAGGUGCCAAGGGCCAGGCUGGCGCACAGGAGAUGCCCCAUCAGUGUUUGUGGAAGGGACGGAGCACAGGAAGUUGUAGACAGGGCCUGACAGCCAAAGGUCACGGCUUAGUUGGCAACAGAAAACUAUUUGUGUGCAUGGAAGUCAAACUCCUUGGGAACCUGUGCAGCAGCCUCGCUGACUCCCAGGCCUCGCUUCCCCCCAGGCCUCCCUUCUCCUUGACGGGGGCCUCCAUCAGUUCUUCAAACAGGCCAGGACAACCCGCCCUUUGUCUGUGCCACCCUGUGAAUUCUGCCUCUCUCACGUGUGUACCCUGCCCUCUGUGACAAAGUUGCUGUCCUCUACCCUGCGUUCUGUGCUGCAGUAUUUAUUUCACAGUGCAGGGCACACUUGCAGGUGGUUUGUUCACCCCGGUGGUGUGCUGGAUCCCUCCGGAUCCACUAUGUCCCUGGGUAUAGCCUAGCAGCUGGAUGUAAGCAUGGAUCCCACCAUGCCUUUAUCAUCAUCGCUUUCCUGCCACCCCCCCCAUGUCCCAGCUGCAGCCAGAGGUUGAGAGAAAGACGCAGCGAUCCCUCCACAUCCUGUGCUCUGCCAGGUGACACUUCACUCAUAACAGGAGAUGAUUACGACAGAGACACCCGGAGCGGCGGUGAUUAAUUGCUGCUUGGGUGUCCACAGGAUCUGGAGCAAGCCAGCUGAGCAGGGACCAGUCCUGUGACUGGGUCUGCCAGGACCCCCCUCCUCCCCAUGUGCAUGUCCCUGCCUAUUGCCUGAGGAAAGUCACUGCGCCCCUUUGAGCCUCACCCUCCCUCCAGACUGACUGGGGAUUGUGUGUGAUCGUGUACCAGAUGUGACCGAAGUGUACAAGGGGUGUUUCCAUUUUAAGUGAUUACAGUAAAAGACACACUGCUGUUAACCCUCCUCAGGACACCCCCUUGCUUCAAACACACUCAGUUCACCCUCCUUACCACUUUCUACAGCAGCUCUGGAGUCCUCUUUCAUGUGUGUCUUUCCUAAAGGUGUGAUCAAAAUACGGUGAAUACUCCUGCCAAGUGUCACCCAAUGGAAAGGCAGGCUUGUAAAAACACAAUGCCAUGUCCUCAUCCCCCUUAUUCACCAGAUCUGACACCUGUGGCUUCUGGCUAUCCCCAAAAUCAUUCAGGCCAUGGAGGCAGCCACCACAAUGUACUAAAGACCCUUAAAAAAGAGGACUCCAGAGCUGCUGCAGAAAGUGACAAGAACAUGGGAUCAUUUUUCAGAGUGGUGGGGGAGGAUUUUGAGGGGAAUGAAUGGCACUGUGCCUUUUACUGUAAUAAAUUUUUUUUUGUACUGGCAAUCAAACUCAGGACCUUGAGCUUUCAAAGCAGGUGGCGGAACCACUGAGCUAAAUCCCCUGCCCUGUAAUAAAUUUUUUAAAGUAAACAUUCGCUGUAUCUUUUGAUCACAGCUAGUAUUUUAAGUCUUGUAACCCAGCCUUUGCUCACUGGCAGCCCAGAGACCCGGGGUGCCAUGACUGAGCAUUGCAACCGCGUGAAGUGGGAAGUUUCAAAGCAGAGCCUCAUUCCUUGCUUCUCUUGAAACUUCAUUGAAACAUUCAUGCUGCAGUCUCUAGAGCCACCCUGUGUGGCCUCUGUGCCAGGGCCCACCCAGCCACUCGAGGCCCACGUCACGGUGUGUCCCUCAUAGAGAUGCUGGGUGCUGGACUCGGUAGGUCUGGCUUUCCUUCCAAUAUGGGGUCUUACGGUAGGUAUCUCUGUGUGUGUGUGUGUGCGUGUGCGUGUGUCCAUCGGGCACUUAGUAAUUACUCAGUCAAUGAACUCAUCCAGUCGGUCCUUUGGAAUAGUGCACUGGACCCCAGGUGGACAGCCUGGGAACUUUGCUUCAGGGCAGUUAGUCCAAUGACCAAAUCGCAUGAGAUCAAGAAAGCUCACAAAGGAUGAUAAGAAUUCUGAGGGCAGGAAGAAUACACGGGGCUGAUACGGCCCCGGGCUCAGUUGCUAGGGACUGUGUAAGCCGUGGGAAACAGGCAGUGAGGUUCUGGCUGAUGAAACUUGGAGCUACAGGCUGCUUGCUAAAGGAGAGGUGCUCACACUCACCUCACGAGGGAACACAGUGCCUAAAGAGCACCGAUAAAUGGAUAAGAACAGUGGAGCAGAGCAAUGGCAAGGGAAUGAAUGGAAAAUCCUUCAGAAAGAAAAUAGAAACAGCUCUUAAAUACACAACCCAUGCUCAGUCUCUCUCAGAGAAAUGGAAAUUUAAAACACAUAUUUGGAGGGCCGGGGAUUUAGCUCAGUGGUUCCACCUCCUGCUUUGAAAGUGCAAGGUCCCGA